GCUGUGUGUGAAAGAGCGAGGGAGAGAGAGAGAGAGAGAGAGACGCAGCAGGACAGUGGUCGGUGGAGGAGAGAACUGUACCGACGCUUUAUGUGACCACUCCGACUGAAGCACUAAUAUAGAGGCUCUAAAUUAACAAGCUGGCUCACGCGUACUGCUCUGGUGACGGCCGAAUAUUCGGACAUGGAGACCGCGGAGACAACACGGUAUAAAAUGUGAGAUUUUUGGGGAGAAUCACCGAAAAGCCAGCGAGCGUGGCGCACCCCCACCACAUCCCCUGAUCUUUUCCGGGAGAUCUGUGAUUCUGUGUGGUCGGUCCAGCGUGGCAUCGCGUGCUCACGGAGAGGAGCAUGAAGAAGUUUAACAUCCGGAAGGUGCUGGACGGACUAACGGCUUCCGCCACGCCGUCGCAACCGCUGGGCGUGAGAGAAAACGACCUAGUCCACGAGACGCUCCAGUCGGAGCAUUUCCAGCUCUGCAAGACUGUCCGUCAUGGCUUCCCCUACCAGCCCUCGGCCAUGGCCCUGGACCCCGUCCAGAAGCUACUGGCCAUCGGAACUCAGAGUGGAGCUUUACGGAUAUUUGGCCGACCAGGAGUUGAGUGUCACUGUCAGCAUGAGAGUGGAGCAGCCGUCAUUCAACUGCAGUUCCUCAUUAAUGAGGGGGCAUUGGUGAGCGCCCUGGCCGAUGACAGCAUCCACCUCUGGAAUCUACGACAGAAGAGACCAGCCGUACUUCACUCACUAAAGUUCAACAAAGAGAGGAUAACGUUCUGCCACCUGCCCUUCCAGAGCAAAUGGCUGUAUGUGGGCACGGAGCGCGGGAACGUCCACAUCGUCAACGUGGAGUCCUUCACCCUCUCAGGCUACACCAUCAUGUGGAACAAAGCCAUCGAACUCUCCUCCAAGGCUCACCCUGGCCCAGUGGUGCACAUCAGUGAUAACCCCAUGGACGAGGGGAAGCUGAUCCUUGGAUUUGAGGCUGGAAUCGUUGUGCUGUGGGACUUAAAAUCAAAGAAGGCAGAUUACCGUUACACAUACGAUGAGGCUAUCCACUCUGUGUCCUGGCACCAUGAGGGGAAGCAGUUUAUCUGCAGUCACUCUGAUGGCUCGCUCACCAUCUGGAACAUCAAGAACCCCGCCAGACCCCAACAGACAAUCACUCCACACGGAAAACAGCCCAAGGAUGGGAAGAAGCCAGAGCCAUGUAAACCCAUCCUCAAGGUGGAGUACAAAACCACUAGACUUGGAGAGCCCUUUAUAAUCCUCUCGGGCGGGCUGUCGUAUGACACCGUUGGCAGACGGCCCUGCCUGACGGUGAUGCAUGGCAAGAGCACGGCCGUGCUGGAGAUGGACUACCCCAUCGUGGACUUCCUCACCCUCUGCGAGACACCCUACCCCAAUGAUUUCCAGGAGCCAUAUGCUGUGGUCGUCCUGCUAGAGAAAGACUUGGUUGUAAUUGACCUUGCACAGAACGGGUACCCCAUCUUUGAGAACCCCUACCCCCUGACGCUGCACGAAUCUCCGGUCACAUGUUGUGCGUACUGUGCUGACUGCCCAGUGGACCUCAUUCCUGCACUUUACUCUGUGGGCCUACGCCAGAAACGCCAGGGCUACAGCAAAAAGGAGUGGCCUAUUAGUGGGGGGAACUGGGGUCAGGGUGCACAGAGCUAUCCUGAGAUAGUCAUCACGGGGCAUGCCGAUGGCUCAUUGAAAUUCUGGGAUGCCUCUGCAAUAAUGCUGCAGGUUCUGUACAAGCUGAAGACGGCCAAGGUGUUUGAGAAGAACCGGAGCAAGGAUGACAAGCCGAGCACCGAGAUCGUGGAUGAGGACCCUUUUGCCAUCCAGCUGCUGGCCUGGUGCCCAGAGAGUAGGGUGUUGUGUGUGGCGGGUGUGUCCGCACACAUCAUUAUAUACCGCUUCAGCAAGCAGGAGGUCACCACUGAGGUCAUACAGUUGUUGGAGGUCCGUAUGCAGUGUGAUCUGAGCGAUCUGGACUCUCCAGACGUGGGCGGUGACCAGGCGCAGGUGGCCCCCACUUCUAGCUCCUCCCCUAGCCCUCAGGCCGCCGCCCCUCCGACACGCCCAUCAACCAGCAGCAACAAUUCAGACCACACCAGAGAUAACGUGCCCUGCCUCAAGGUGCGCAGCUCGUCUCUGAAGCAGUCGCCGGGUUAUCAGGUGGAGCUGGUCGUGCAGCUCGUGUGGGUAAGUGGGGAGCCGCCCCAGCAGAUCAGCAGCCUCGCCAUCAACUCAGCCUACGGCCUUGUGGUGUUUGGCAACAGUACAGGUGUGGGAGUGGUGGACUACCUGCAGAAGACGGUUCUGCUCAACCUGAGUACAGCUGAACUCUACACUACCAACGACCCCUAUCAGCGACAGCCACGCUCACCACGCAAGAGCAGACAACCCUCUGGAGGUCUGUGUGACAUCAAUGAGGGCUCGGCCACAUCAGACGACCGCUGCAAAUCUCCCACCUCAGUGUUGAGCUCAAAUCAUCAGCAGUUCUACAAUGGAGCAGGCAAAGCAAAGAUGUCCAGGAAGCUAAGCUUGCCCACUGAGCUUAAGCCAGACUUGGUCCUACUCUCUGUAUGUCCCUCGCGGGCACCCGUCCCCCUAGACCACCGGGACAACUCCUUCAGCCGCUCGCGGAGCUCCAGCGUGACGAGCAUCGACAAGGAGGCGCGCGAGGGCAUCACGGAGCUCUGCUUCUGCGAGACCAUGGCCCGGCGGGCGGAGGGCGGGGGGCCGCAGCCCGCGCUCUGGGUGGGCACCUUGCUGGGCACCGUGCUCACUGCCACCCUCAGUCUGCCCCCUGCUGGAGAGCAGCGGCUACUGCAGCCCAUCAUCGCCUCGCCCAACGGUGCUCUGGUGCGUCUGAAGGGCAGCAUCUUGCGCAUUGCCUUCCUGGACGCCGCCGGGGUCUUCCAGCUUUCCCCGUACGAGCAGUGGUACGAGCCCAAUGCGGCUGAAGAGGAGCGUACCAGGCGCCGGCGUGGGGGUGGCCUGCCCUCGCCCUGCGGUGGUGGCGGAGGUGGCAGCGGCGGUGGACUGGACCUGGAGAGGGACUCCCAAUUCGGGGUGAUCUGCUCGGAGAAGCAGGCCAAGGUGCUGUCGCUGCCGUCGCAGACGUGCGUGUCCAAGCACAACAUCACGGAGACGUCGUUCGUGCUGCGCGCCGACGUGGUGGUGCUCAACAGCGGCGCCUGCGUAGCCUGUUUCUGUGCCAACGGACACAUCAUGACGCUCAGUCUCCCGUAUCUGCGGCCGCUGCUGGAUGUGAACUACCUGCCCCUAACGGACAUGCGCAUCGCCCGGACGUUCUGCUUCUCCAACCUGGGCCAGGCGCUCUACCUGAACUCACCCACUGAGAUACAAAGACUCACCUACAGCCAGGAGGUCUGCGAGAACCUGCAGGAGAUGCUGGGGGAGAUGUUCAUUCCAGUGGAGACCCCCGAGGCACCCAAUCGGGGAUUCUUCAAGGGGCUGUUUGGAGGUGGAGCACAGUCGUUAGACAGGGAGGAACUAUUCGGGGAGACUGGUGCAGGUAAGGCCCCGCGUAGCCUGGCUCAGCACAUCCCGGGCCCCGGGGGCAUUGAGGGCAUGAAGGGCGCCGCCUCGGGCAUCAUGGGGGACCUGGCGCGGACCCGCAUGGCACUGGACGAGCGAGGACAGAAGCUGAGCGAGGUGGAGGAGAAGACAGCCGCCAUGAUGAACAGUGCCGACUCCUUCUCCAAACACGCACAUGAGAUGAUGCUGAAAUGUAAAGAUAAGAAGUGGUACCAGUUCUGAGGCCUGGUGCUGCAGGGAUGCCCUGUUGCCCUCCCCCCGUCCCUCAGCCCCGUCUUCCUCCGUCUCCUCUGUCCAGGCGCGUCCGGUCCCUUGUUCCCUCGCCGAGCACAAUGACGAACUCGCCUCAGGAUGGACUGAGGAGUGGAGAGGAAGGGUAGAAGCCAUCGCUGUGGUGUUGUUUUGUUUUCUUGGAAAUUUGUGAGUUUGUUUUUAGUUUGUUUAUUUGUUUUUUUUGUUUGUUUGUUUACGUCCCUCUUCCAUGACGGCUUUGGGGGUCCCAACGGCACUGAGACGUCCACAGAGCAGAUAAACAAAAACAAUGAAAAAAAAAAAACAAAUACGUAAAAAAGACACGUCUACACACAAUAAAAAAAAUAUGUAAAAAGUUGGAAAAAUAAGUAUAUACAUAAUCUCUAUAUCAACCUAUAUAAAGGAUCAACACUGUAUACACAAGAAACUUUACCCCCUCCCUCCCUACCGAGAGCUCACAGCAUUGGUUCGAGCAAUAGGAAGUGCCAUGUUGUCACGCAACGUGACAUCACAGGAAGUGAUGCAAACGGAAGUGAUAUUACAGGAAGUGGCGGUGCGGGGAGUGACACGACAAAGUAGAGGAUGUGAUGUCACUCCCAAAGAACAAUUGGAUCUUUUUUUUUCCUCUUCACCUGUGGCUGUCAGGAUUCCUCCAUCAUUGUCUUUUAGGCAAACUGUUCUGUUCAGUUUUGGAUUUUGUGUUCUUUUUUGUUUCCUUCACGUAGUGUGUUCUUACGUUGUUGGUCAAUGGGUCAUCUCCCUGAAAUGUCUGUGAAUGUGUCACGUCUGCUGUAAGUGUUACGGAAGUGAACCACUCUGUUAUUUAUGUAUUUAUAUUAUUUAUUAUUUGCUGUUAGUCAUAACUUCGUGUUGCAAAUGUAUUUUUGUAAUGCGUCGUCCUGCUUAGUGCUCUUUUUUUAAGGGCUGUGUGCGUAUGUGUGUGUGUGUGAAAGAAGAUGGGGGAGCUGAGAUUGAAAAAGAGAGAACUGUUGUAGAAAACAGUAUUGUAUGACCUGGGAUUUCAUAAGAGAGAUUUGUAUGUGUAUCUGUUUGUGUGAUUCUUUGGUCAAUUAGAGUGUUUGUAGAUGUUGAACUGCCUUUGGGAAGCUAAAGCACUUAAUAUAAGGAUAGGAGUAAUGAUGGGUCUGUGUGUGUAUGUGUGUGUGUGUGUGUGUGUGUCAUUCAGUAGAUGCAUGUGUGGGUCAAUUUCAAUUCUUGAGGAAGAACUUUAGGACUGAACUUUGAUCAAGGGUGUAUGCUGCUCUCUCUCUAUCUCUCCUUCCAUUCCUCCUUUCCUCUCUUUCUCUCCACUACUCUCUGUCUCUCUCUCUCUCUCUGUCUCUCUUGCCCAUGAUGCUCCCUGCCAAAGGGAAAAGAGUGUGGAACCAUGGGAAGUGUAGUGUGGAGGCCCCAAGGAAGCUCACUUGUGGGAGUGCACAAUAAACUACACUCACUUCCCCCAGGGACCAGACAGGAAGAACAUCAUACUGUGUAUCUUGGUCACCUUUUCUCGCCCUCACACACACACACACAUUCAUACAACAACCUCCCUUUACCACACAGAAAUGCAGUGUGUAUGUGUGUGUGUGUGAGUGUGUGAGAGAGAGAUAGAGAGGGAGUGCGAGAGAGACCAUAUUUAGGGUGCAUCUUGGCCAUAUUAUAUGAUGCAUAAACGGCACAUCCAAAAUGAUCCCAUUGUUUUCUGUGUGAAUACAAUGCCAGAGAGUUCAGCCAUAUUUGUGUUUGUGAGAGAGAGGGAAUGUGUGAAUGUGUAUGCAGUUGAGCGAGAGAGAAUAUGUAUGAGUGAGAGUGAGUUAAAAACCAACAUCAUUCUUGUUCUGUUCAAUGUUUUGUACAGAUGCCAUCCUUGGUUAUCUGGUGCAUAACUGUGGCCAUAUCUUUCACAUUGUCCUGUAAAUACGGAAAAAAAAGAAAAUACGACAAUCCAGACGAACCCACCCUCCCUUUGCGGAAGUCCGAGUGACUCCAAAAAUCAGUUGCCAUAAUUUUAUCAGACGCCAAAGAUUUAGUUUUCCUGUUGUCUGUUGAACAUGUUAAACGUGAUGUAAACAGGAGCCGCCAUGUUUUGCUACUGGUUAUGUGACUGUCUUCUCCCAUUCAGCAAACAGGAACUGACUUGAGAACAGCUUCCCACCCAGUUAUAUGACCUGGGCAGAGUCAAGACUGGAUCUGUUUUCCAGACUCAUCUCAGCUUUCGUGUUGGCCAUUGGUCACGUGACUCGUCCGAGAUUGGUGCCGGAUUAGGGCCAGUUUUGAGCCGGCUCUGUUCUCCAGUCUGUUCUGCUCUCUGACAGGAGUCCAGGGCAUUUCCUUGCAUCAUUGUAUUUGGUCAAAACAAACGUUGACAGUCUGACUGCUGUAGGCUACGCUCGAUAGCCGCUCCAACCUCCUAAGUAGGAUUGUCAGGUGAACUUGUGGUCUUGUACUUCCAUUCUGCAGGCGUACGGUGUCAGAUCUGUGUGGAAAUGUUGAAACGAAAAUAAGAAUCAGUGUUGCCGUGUCACCUUGUCAGAAACGGGGCAACUGAACCUUCAUCUUUCAUGUUUGCCCAAUGUCAGAUGUCACGGAACUUGAACUUGCCAACUUGCCUUGAGCUUGCCAACUUCAAAGGAAACAAAUCGAUAAGCCAUUUGGCUAGUUUCUCUCUAUGAGGUACUGUGUGGUGUGGGCCUUUAGAUUUCGUUUGGUUCAGCCCAUGCGGUACUGUGUGGUUCAGGCCUUUAGGUGCUUUGUGGUUAGGGCUAAGUGUUCUCCAUCAGUGUGAUUUCAGAUGGUGUAAAGGUCAAAUAUUUAACAGAUGAUUUUAUCCAAAAUGCUUACAAAGCAGCGGUCGGGAAUCAAACCCGAGUUAACUACUUGGCCAGUGGGCAAGAAGCAAUGCUAACCACUGUUCCCCCCCACACCCCAACGCAAUAGUGUCUGGCUCUUAAGCAGAUUGGAACCUGUGCUAUCCCAGAGUGGGGAUCCGUUCCACUGUUCGGCUUUUUCCACCAGCAGGGAACUGGCUCCGUUCUGGUCCAUCCACCAGAUGUUGAAUUGUUUGUAGCAUUUUUCCCAAAAAUGAAUUGGUUCAGAAUCUGAAAAGUUGGUUUGGAGCUGGAACCAUAAAAUAGAGUGGGCGUGUCCAUUCUACAGUUCAGUUAUGCACAUAACACCCUCUGUUGAUGACACAUCCUUGGUUUUCUGUUGGUGGAAAUGUGGGCUGGUUCACUAGAUAGCAUCGUGGUUCAAAGAACUCUGAACAGAACCAGUUCUCUGUUGGUCGAAAAACGCCCUGUGGGGUCUACUGAGCAAAGGUUGCCAAGUGUUACUAGAGAUGAGGUCUGCCCUGGCCAGUGGUACUGCCCAUAGAUAUCCAGUAUUACUAUAUGAGGUCUGCCUUGGCUAGUGGUAGCCAACUGCCCCAUUGAGGUCCAGUAUUACUGUAAAGGCAUAGAGCUCUGUCUGCUGUCUCUUCCCAGAUAUGACUUUAUAUUAAAAAUAAAGCUGUGUCUUUGCAGUGCCCGUAAUUAUAUGUGAAAGACAAGCAAUGGCACUGGGUUGGAUGUAGUUGUCUCGAACCCAAUUCACACAGAGUUGAUGAGUGAUGAGUGACUGGAUGUGUGUACUUCAACUGCAAUACUGUAUACUGAAAGACUGUUUCAUAUAUAAUAUAUAUAAAUACUGUACAUGUCAAGUAUUAUGGGGUAAACAAGAGAACAAGAGCCAUAUCUGAAAGCUGCAUGGACAGCGCAGCGUAGAAAAGAGAGCAAAAGUAAAGGUGCUCUCUUGAUGUGGUGAUGAGGAUUGCUGACUGGACGUUCAUGCUGUGGGCAACAGAAGGCUCUCUGUAUAGUCAUGGGACCCAUAGACUUGAACUGUGAGUGAGAGAGAGAGAGAGAACGUGAGAGCUUGGCUGUGGUGCUGUUAAACUUCAGGGACAAUUGGAACUUGAUUGUGUGGAAUUGCGCUUUCUCUUUUCAAAAGAGGUUUCAUCUUGCUCUCAUAGACAGAUAGAUGCUCAUUGUGUCAUGUCAGUAUGUGGGGGGGGUCACAGUUAAUGAUGUGAAGCUUGUGGUGUCACAGAGCUUAUGAAAGAUGCUGAGCUGUGAUCACAGGGUCAGAAGGAACAGCUUAAAAUGAAACACAGAGCAUCAUAGGGAGAGUAACCAGACUGGGGACUUCUCACUAAAACUGCGUUAUGAAAUUUGCAGAAAGUUUGCAGAAACAAGGCGAUAUUGCAUCUUAACAGCUUGACAGAAGCUUAUCACUGUCUCUGCUGUCCAUUUCAGUCUGUGCCAGUGCUGUUUACACUGAUUAAUUCCACACAGAUUUAGACCAAAUCCCUACAGCUCGUCUACAAGCGUAUAUUGUGAUAUAUCAUGUGCAUUGUGAUAUAUAUUUGGCUCAGAGAGACUAUAGAUUGACUCCCAACAAGCUCUUAGCCCUCCAGGUUUCCUUACAGAUACAUUAAAGCUCUCUCCAUCUAACAGACACAUAAACACUCUCUCCAUCUAACAAGUCCUAGUUGGCAAGCAUGGCAUGGACCAUAUCCUGGACUAUCAUCCACAUUUCAUGUCUGUUUUUUUGUUCUCACAAAGAGGUUGUGUGUCAUGUCAUCGCUCGAGUAUCGUACGUUAGGCAUAUACCUGCCACACAGAGACCCCCAUGGAAAGAUCUGGAAGGUUGUUCAGUUGGGGGAAUCUGUGCUUGGUUAUCAUAUGACUGACAAAAGAGUUUGGAUCUUCUUUUUUUUAAUAAAUGUGUUGAGAAUUUUUGUUUUCCUGGUGUAAUACACAGGUCUCUUCACAAGGGAGUCUGUCUCGCGUAGCCCCAUGCUUUUUUUCCCAUACUGGUUCGAACGGUUGUCAGUCGGUUGAAGUAUUUUCUCAUUGUAGCCAAUUUUUUCUUGUACAGUUUUAUGCAAAAUUUCACAUGGAUGUUUCUGAGUAUCUGCUGCCUCUUAUGGUCUAGAACUUCUGUAGAUAGAGAUUACUGUGCAAUGAAAAAAAGAAUAAAAAAUGAUUGAAAA